GGGCGGCGGCGGGUCCAGCCUUAAGUGCUUCUGUGCCUGGAACACGGCAGAAUGUCAACAGAAAAGCUCAAGCAGCACAAAAUCAUCUUCGUGGUGGGUGGCCCUGGCUCGGGGAAGGGGACGCAGUGUGAGAAGAUUGUGCAGAAGUAUGGCUACACCCACCUCUCCACGGGGGACCUGCUGCGGGCCGAGGUCAGCUCGGGCUCGGAGCGGGGCAAGAAGCUGCAGGCCAUCAUGGAGAAGGGAGAGCUGGUGCCCCUGGACACAGUGCUGGACAUGCUCCGGGACGCCAUGGUGGCCAAAGCAGACGUGUCCAAGGGCUUCCUUAUCGAUGGAUACCCCCGCGAGGUGAAGCAGGGAGAGGAGUUUGAGAAGAAGAUUGCCCCCCCCCACGCUGCUGCUCUAUGUGGAUGCGGGGAAGGACACGAUGGUGAAACGGCUGCUGAAGCGAGGCGAGACCAGUGGGAGGGUGGACGACAACGAGGAGACCAUCAAGAAGCGUUUGGAGACCUACUACAAGGCCACAGAGCCCGUCAUUGCCUUCUACAAGAGCAGAGGCAUCGUCCGCCAGCUCAACGCCGAGGGCUCCGUGGAGGAGGUUUUCCAGCAGGUCUGCACCCACCUUGACUGCCUGUAACCGAACCCCCGGCCCCACUCCCCCCAGUGCACUCCAGCAGAGACAGCGGAAGCGGCUUUAUCCUGUUUUCGUGGACGGAGCCAUGCGGAGGAAAUUUCAAGGACAUUGUGUUUGGCUCUUUCCCGUCUCUCCCCAGUAAAGUUCACUUUAAUGAA